AUGGCAGGUUGUGGGAAAACCUUUCUGGCAAAAGAACUCUACAACAGAAAAAGAUUGCUCUUUUUCGGGUGGAGUUCUGGUCCGGUUGUGAAUAAAGCCAUAGAAAAAUGUGGCCUCCAUAAGCUACAAGAAAGGAUUUUGGAAGAUCUGGGUCAUGCUGAUGUUUUGCCAUUCAAUAAUAUGAGUAAAUUCAAGAGAGCUAUCACACAUCGUCUUAAGCAUCAUCAAUUGUUUAUCGUUUUGGAUAGCAUAGAUGAUAUGGAGCAACUAGAAGCUUUGCUCCCUGAAAAGGAUAAUGUUAGAUCAGGCAGCAUGGUUAUAGUCACAACACAAGAUGUGGGUUUGACGGCAGAGACCAGACUAGAGAACCCCGCGAACCGUCCAACAUUGUCUGCAGCCGAUCCAUAUUGUUCACGUAAUAGACUGGGCCUGUGUUCAUCAGAGCCCAAUUUUGGGUUUCUCCUCUGUGUUCUGUUUGUUCUCAUCGUAUCAGAGCCACGGUUGCCAGAGUGGUAUGUGCUCCAGUUUGCAGAGCUCAUUUUUUGA